AUGGCCAGGCAUAAGCUCCUCCUCCCCCUGGUGCAAUUUCCCAACUCCGACUCUCCCGAACCACGGCCAAAAUACUUCCCACGGUCAUUGCCUCGGGACUUCGGCCAGCGCCUCGUCAAGGUCCACGGCGACCCCUUCGCCUGGUGGUUGGGGCAGUUCUUCAAGUACACCAUGAGGAUGACCGAAGGAUUCCAGGAGUACGUCGAGAAGCUAGGGGCUCGUCUAGGCUUCGAAAGUCCUAUUGUGGGAAUACAAGUCAGAAGAACAGACAAGCUGCGUUUAGAGUCAAGAUUCAUAGGAAUUGAAGAGUACAUGGAGAUCGUGCACGACUUUUUCAACGACCUGGAGGUUCGAGGGACAAACGUGACGACUCGUAGGAUCUACCUGGCCACAGACGACCUGAAUGUCAUCCAGGAAGCGAAGAAGAAAUUCCCCAACUACAAGUUUGUAUUCAACGAAGACAGCGUGGCGUCAGCCAGCUUGGGACGAAGGGGGAGCGUGGACAACAUGAAGUACCUCAUGGCCGACAUCCUUUUCCUCUCUCGUUCCGACUUCCUCGUCUGUGGCAUGUCGUCCAAUAUAUGCAGGCUGGCGUACGAGCUCAUGCAGACCCUCCACUCGGACGCCACGCGGAAGUUGGUCUCCUUGGAUUUACCUUUCUGUAUCCACAGCCAGAGCGCCCACGAGGUAGAGGCGAGGUUCCCCCACACGCCUCGAAGCGGCAGAGAGAUCGCGCUCCAGAAAGGCGAUCGCGUGGUGAGAUCUGUGUAUUACUACAGCAAGCAUCGCAAUUCUCUCGACGGUUUCUGGCACGGAACCAAUCGGAGAACGAGAAAGACCGGCUUCUACCCAAUUUACAAGACGGUUGAAGUCCAAUCGCUCGCUGACACGCCAUCCUUCGACUGGAUUGACAGAUCGGAAGAUUAUUUAGGUUAGGUAUACUAAAAAAAUAAUAAUAAUAAAGUGUGUAAACUUUAAAUGACAUUUACCAAGUUUAUCUUGAAAGAAAGAAAAAAGAUCUAGAAGGAUUGACCUUGUAGAAAUAUCAAUUCGAGGUUUU